AUGGGAGUACGCGGUUUAUGGGAAAUCGUGCAGAGUACAGCUCGGCCGGUCAAGGUUGAGACUCUAGGCGGCAACCGGCUGGCCGUGGACGCGUCGAUCUGGAUCUACCAGUUUCUGAAGACGACCCGAGGAGCCGGAAAGAAGAAUGCCCAUCUGGUUGGUUUUUUCCGGCGGAUUCUCAAGCUGCUGUUUCUGGGUAUCAAGCCCGUGUUUGUGUUUGACGGAGUUGCUCCGGAGCUCAAGCGCAAGACGGUGGCAAGACGACGGGAGCGACGGGAGGGCCGAAUCGACAGUAUGGAGAAAGAGGCCAAGCGGAUUCUAGCGAUGCAGCUCGAGAACCGCGAGCAGCAGCUGAACGCCAAAAGAAAGCGCGAGGACGACGACGACAACGACGACGACGACUACACAAAGGGAAGUGAGCUUUUGGGGUCUGACACCAAGCAUGUGGUGCAGAAGUUGGGGGGUUCCAACAAGAAACAACAACUCAAAUCCGACUAUGAUCUGCCCGACCUGGACGUCAAUAUCGGCCAGGACGAUCGGUUUCUGACACAACGAGAGCUAGAGGAGCGUAAAGAGCUGCAGAAUCUGAUCCCUCAUGUUGCUGGAGACGGCUCUCUGGACAUUUCAACUGACAUCGAUUUUGAUUCUGACUAUUUCCGGUCGCUUCCAGAUGCUACAAAGUACGAGUUGCUUAACGGUGCCCGGCUGAGAUCUCGGCUUCGUAUGGGUCAUACUGCCGAACAGCUUCAGCGACUGUAUCCUGACUCUGAGUCGUUUUCCAAGUUCCAGGUUAACCGAGUUGCUCUUCGAAACAACUAUACACAGCGACUGAUGCAGCUGGUUGGUUUGGAGGGCGAUCUGACGCUUCCCAAGGAGCAUGAGACCAUUGCAGAGAUUAACCGAGUAUCUGGAGAGAAGGGGAAGGAGUAUGUGAUGGAAAAGAACGAAGAUGGAUGGACCCUAGCAAUGCAUGAUGGAGGAGGGAAUCGGGAUUCUCCUGUUUUGAUUGACGACGAAGAUGGAGAGAAGAGAUCUCAUGAUUUCGGUCGUUUCAGACGAAAGUCCAGUCUUGAUAGGGAAGAACGGAGAAAAACUCAGAUCAAAAAGGAGGAGAUCAAGGAGGAGAGCGAAGAUGACGAAUGGGAAGAUGUGGACAUUGAUGACAAGGAGACUGUUGAUAUCGACCAGCAGAUCAUUGAUGCUGGGGAGGAUUUGGAGACCCAACAGAGUAUCAUGAACUCUUUGGACGACGAAAAGAAGGCCAAACUUGCUGCCAUGACCAAAACGUUACAGUUGAAGGGUCUGGACGGGCUGGGAGAGAUGGACUGGGGCGCUGGUAUCUUUGCCCCAAAAGAAGAGAAGAAAAAGAAGGAAGAUGAGGUGAUGGAGGUUCUUCAGUCGACGUAUCGAGACCAGAAGGUGUGGGGAGGUGAACAGGAGAUCACUCAGUCAUCCACCUUGCUUGAUAAUGACCUGGAGACUGCUGUCGAUGAUUAUGCACAGUCGGCAAAUAAACCUGCUGAUGCUGAGUUGGCUGAAAAGGAUGAGUCUGUACUCAAGCCUGACGAGCCCGAUGAGUCAAAGUCUCCAGAAGAAACCCUUCCUGUGUGGUUCCAGCAGUCUCAGGAUGGAGUGCAAUCCGCUCAUCGACCUGUGGCCAACAGAGAAGAGUCUGACUCGGACGAGGAUGCUGGCUUGUAUUAUGGAGGGCAAUCGUAUGGAAUCACGAGGGAGAUUGUUGAAUUGAGCGAUGACGAUGAGCCUGUCGCUCCAGCGGUUACUUCUAGGGCUGUCGCCACUACAAAGCUUCCGUCUAAGCCCACAGCUUCUAAUUCUGUGGCUAAGCCUGUGACUGCCUCUGUCAUCACGAAAUCAGCCAAUAUACAACCAGCGCCUGUCCCUACUCCUGCUGAAAACACAGAGACCAUUACAGUAUCAGAUUCUGAGUCCGAUGCUGAGUUUGAAAGUGUGUCUAUUGAGCCAGAGAAGGCUGAACUAGAGCCUAUUCCUACAGAAAAACCUGCAGAGUCGCUUGGAGGAGAUAUCUUUGGAACUGGUGAACUAUCAUUAGGUGGAGGUAUCGUUGGCACUGGUUCUUUAGAGCCCAACACGUUCGACAAGCCUGAGGUUGUCACUGAGCCUGCUGACAUAUCUAAAGCUCAUACGCCAAAGGAGUCGCCAGUGGUUGAUGGUGAUGCCACCCCUGAAGUCGACGAACACAACAAGUCCUUCGAGAACAUGGUUCUAGCUGAAGAAGAAGCUGUAGAGGACAUGCAGACGUCGCAGAACCUGAUCAAAAACUUCAACCGUGAACAGGAGGAGUUUGAGAAGCAGUUCAAGCUGGAGGAGGAGCAAGCCAAGGAGAUGCGAAUGGCGCUAAUGGAGGAACUUGAGCAAAUCAAUCAUACCCAAAAGUCUCGAGAUACGACCAACGAAGAGGCCAUUACUCAGACCAUGGUUGACGAGUGUCAGCAGCUGCUGCAGCUGUUUGGUAUCCCCUUCAUUACUGCGCCCACAGAAGCCGAGGCCCAGUGUGCGACUCUAGUGAAUCUGGAUCUUGUCGAUGGAGUAAUCACCGAGGAUUCAGAUGUGUUUUUGUUCUCGUCCAACCCUCGAAUGCGUGUCUUCAAGAACUUCUUCAACUCGAACAAGUACGUGGAAUGCUACAAGACCGGUGAGAUAGAACAGACUCUCAAUCUCGAGCGUAAGGAUCUGGUCGACCUGGCUCUGUUGUUGGGAUCAGAUUACACUGACGGUCUACCUGGCAUUGGACCUGUAUCUGCCAUGGAGAUUCUGGCCGAGUUCAAGGCUCCUGGAAAAGAUACACUGCGAGAAUUCAAGGACUGGUGGGAAUCCCAGCUUGUUGAGAGGGCUAACAGAGGCAAGAGUGAUAACACGUCAGCUUUUAAGUCCAAGUUCUCGAAGCGGUUUCUUUCAAAGCUAUUCCUGAGUGCCUCUUUUCCGUCUGAGAAGAUCAGAUUGGGGUACUUGGAGCCUUCUGUGGACGACGACAAGACUCCUUUCAAGUGGGGUCAUCCUUCUUUGGUUGGUCUGCGAGAGUAUCUAGGAGACACGAUUGGUGGUAACUCGAUUGACUCGUUGCUGUUGCCUGUUCUGCAGCAAAUGAAUGCCAAGCAGAACCGCCAGACGCAGAUUCUGGACUUUUUGCCGAAUGGCAACGAGACCAGUGGUUCUGUUCGCAUUGCAAAGGCUCUGACGAAGAUCAAGCAGAGAGCGAAGGAUAAGAGAGAUGCGACCAGAGAGGGUGAUAAGAGCCAGGACAAGGCAAGACAGAAGGACAAGGACAAGGACAAGGAGAUGGAGAUGGAUCUUGAUCUGGAGGGUUAA